AUGAGCUCACACACCUCACAGUUCAACGACGCGAUAACGAAAUGCAACAAUUGUGAGUUGGUCUUUUUUGCUUUUUGUGAUGAUUCGGUUUCAAGGUUUGUUUCUUAUGCGACAGCUGAAACUGCGGAUGGUGAAAAUGCACGCGAUGGUGCUAUCAACGCCUAGAGAACCGAUGUAUAGACGGAGAGACAUAGCGAUGCGGGUAGAGAGGAUGUCAGCAGAAAUCAGAGGAUAUUACGAGUUCGUGUAGAUUCACUAUAUACCGGAACAUUUUUUGUCAAUCUAAAAUAUAAUGAAACUUUUUCAGCAAAUUGGAAGCUCAAUCGAAAAGAGUUCCGGGAGCAGUUCCACAAACAGAUUCAGUGAACAAUUUGAGAAAAUUAUAUUCGGUACGUUUUUUUUCAUUUGUUUUCCAUAGACUGUGUACUAUAGGAAGAAUACACUACUGAUUACGAAAACUUCUCCAACCUCAUUGAAACGAUGGUGGACUCCGGCAACUGGAACGAAGGACAAUAUGUGAGUUAUUAUUGGAAGGUGGUGAUGUAAUUGGUCGUUUUCAGCAAGUAUUCUUCUACCUCAAUGAAUUUCUACGUGCUCCAAAAAGAAAACAUUCGAUAUUCAUAAGGAAACCGAGAAUUUUCACGAACGCAGCGCUCGCCGCUCAAGCACAUACUUAUUUCGAAUACGCAUUUCGCGGGGUUUGUCAGAAGUUUUUAAAUUUUUUAAUCGAGAUGUUCCAGCUCAAGAAAGAAAUUGCGAGUAAGCAACUGGGAAUCUAUCCGAAAAUUCUUCUCAAUAGUCCGCAAUCAAUGGCUAUAGAAGUUUGAAGCUCUGAAAUUCAAAACGAAAAAAGCGACUUUUCAGAUCAAAUUCGGUGUGACCGGUCCGGAUAAGGCAGAUAAAACAGUGGCGUACACGAUGAAGUUUUUGUUAUCAGAAAUAAACGGUUGUCUGGAUUAUAUAAACGUCGUAGCUCCCAAUGAAGAAUGGUACAUUGAAACUAUUUACGGCUUCAGGAAGGUUUGUUUUUUUCAUAUGCAAUCUCAAAAAAGUCUCUCAAAAUUCUGUGAUUAUCAUUUUUUUAAUGAUAGUUUUGUCGUUAUUUUCGCUGAGAAAAUCAGUUUAUUUAUUCUUUCUUAUUUUUGGUAGUUGGCAAAAAAUCCAUUCAAAAAUAUCUAAAUUAUUUGAUCACCGCAUCAACUUUUCACUUUCAACUUAUACAUUCAGAUGCAAAUUUUAAAAUUUAGCGUGAUCAGUAUUCAUAAACAAAUAAAGAUACCUAUUUUUAUAGAAUUAAUCAUCAAAAUUUCUCAAACUUUCAGCUCGACGUCACCUAUCCUUCGAGACACGCCGUUUUUCAGAAAAAUGACGGCUCAAGCUAAUUAUCAUCUGCAAAUGAGUUUCUCUUCUAUUCGAUGGUGACUUUUCUUUUUUUUUCUUGUCUUUUAAUGAUAAUUCAGGUCCUCCGGCACACUGGUCACGCUUGUUCAAUAUUUUGGUAAAAUGCGAGAGCUCUUCGAUGCGAAAUGUAAAAACUGCAGGUAAAACCACCUCAAACUUGCGGAAAUUUUACCGAUUUUCAGGAAAGUAAUGAAGGAUUUCCUGCCACCUCUGUGUUUCGAUAUCCGACAUCCUAAAGAAACGGCCCUCCACGAGUUUUGUAAAUAA